CCCUUCCUCCUGCUUCCUUUUCCGUCCUUUCCUGAUCAUCCUCUCCUCUCCCUCGUGCCAUAUCAAGUUCAUAUUGGAAGGCCGUGCGGCCACCGAUUUGGGAACUGUGCCCUAGACCUGCGGUAGUAUUUCAACCGCGCGUCGAUCACCGAGUGCACAUGUCGGUGCCGGAUGAGUUCAGAAGGCAGAACCUCCGGGAGAAGCAUGUCAAGCAGUUGGUGAAGACGGAGAUGUGCAAGUUUUUCUUUUUGAACAAGUGCGUGAAGGGGCCCAGCUGCCCAUACGCCCACAGCGUGUCCGAGAUCCGGGAGAAGCCCGACCUGGGGAAGACGAGCAUGUGCCCCGAUUUCCUGGCAACGGGAAACUGCACGAGCCUCGGCUGCAGGUUCGCCCACGACGAGCGCGACCUGCGCACGACCUCGGGCUUCUUCAAGACGAAGAUGUGCAGCUUCGCCAGCAGCGGGCGCUGCAAGUACGGCGCCGCCUGCCGCUUCGCCCACAGACCGAGCGAGAUCCACGCCAUUUGGCCGCCGAGCCCCGGCGCGGUGAACCCGCCGCUCCCGCUGCGCCCCAGCGGCAGGGACCCGGCGCCGCCCGGCCCCGCGGCCCACGGCGACGGCCGGGCCUCGCCGCCGGGUCGGGCCGGGAAGGCGGGCGACGCCGACCAGGGGGCCGGCCGCGACGUGUCCUCGGACCAGUCCACGCGGGACGCCACGAGCGCCUCGCGAGGAGGGUCGGUCUGCGCCUCGACGCCGGAGGGCUCCGGGGACUCGGUGCAGGACGGGAUGUCGGUGCGCGGCGUGCGGCGCCGGAGGGGGCAGGCGGCGCCAGCGAGGCAGUGCACCACUCUGGUGAUCAGCAACGUGCCCAGCUUCCUGACGCAGGGCGCAGUCGUCUCGCUGCUGGAGGACCUCACGGAGUGCAUGCGCGGGGCGUUCGACUUCUUCUACUGCCCGUGGAAUCCCAACCAGGACCGCAACCUGGGCUAUGCCAUCAUCAAUUUUUUCAGCCGCUCCGCCGCAGCUGAGUUCGAGCGCCGCUGGGCGAACGAGCCACUCCUUCCCGGGACCCUCGGCGCCAAGAAGGUGAAGCUCGUGCCUGCGGCGCUGCAGGGUCGGGCAGCGAACCUCCGGCACUUCUCGGGCUUUAGCCUCGCGCACCACCACGACCCCCGCUUCCGGCCGCUCGUCCGCGCGGCUCCCGAUCAGGUCUUGCGCCCCAUGGCGCUUCCGGAGGAGAUUCAGCAAGGCCAUGCCAGUGACUCGGGCCACUACCCUCUGGAGCAGCGCGGCCUCCUGGAGCAUGGCGACCUCGAGGAGCAGGGCGGCGUCGUGGACCCCUGCCAGGAGCUGAACCUCCAGAGCCACGCUGGCGAGAGGCUGAGGCCGAGCUCCUGCAGGACGGAGUCGCAGGCCAUGCCCUCGCAGGAGCGGUGGUCAUAGGGAGAUUAACACAGAGGGGCCCAGGGACACACAAAUAGAUGGACCCACGUCCCAGGAUUCCCCAUAUUAUCCAAUAUUUUCGGGCUUGUCGUCUCC